GCCACGGGCUGUUUAAAUGCAAAAUCUGGCAAAAUCACUUGUUUCUAUGGCAGCAUAUCAGGAUCUUACUUCCUUUUAUCAGUGGAGGGCUGCAACAGGACAGGGUUGGAAAUACUUCCUCUUUCAGCGAUCUGAUUGGUUUUGUCUGGUUUCCACCAGCUUCCAGUUCUCAGUUGUUUGCAAGUUUGGACAUGUUUUUUUUUACCAUCCUCAGUUCAAUAUAUCAUAGAAACAAGAGUGACCCUGCUGUCAUGAGAAGCCUGCUCAUGAGACCAGGAAGUUUUCAGGGUGUUGUGGUACUACCAGGGGCAGACAUGAGGCCCUUCUUUGUGAUGUCUCUCCUCUUUGGCCUGACUUUUGGACAAACAGCAUCACUUUGUGCUCCUUCUGAGUACACGAUCCACGUGGAAAAACGGGAAUGUGCCUAUUGCCUGGCCAUCAACACCACCAUCUGUGCCGGAUUCUGCAUGACUCGGGACAGCAAUGGCAAGAAGCUGCUCCUCAAGAGUGCCCUGUCCCAGAACGUGUGCACGUACAAGGAGAUGUUGUACCAGACGGCGCUGAUUCCGGGCUGCCCUCACCACACCGUCCCCUACUACUCCUACCCCGUGGCUUUGAGCUGCAAGUGUGGGAAGUGCAACACUGACUACAGUGACUGUGUCCGUGAGAGGGUCAGGACCAACUACUGCACGAAGCCCCAGAAGUUCUGCCCCAUGUGAAGCUUCCAGAGGAGCGUGGGGCAGCUGGUCCCUUGGGAAUGGGAAGGUGAGCUGAGCCCACCCUGUGUGCUGAACAUGCACAGGUGAGAGGUGCA